GUACAUGAGUAACAGGAGUCGAGCACCAUGGUUCAAUUCAGACGGAUUCAAAUGUUUUUAUUUCUGAUCCUGCUGCUUCAUCUUCCAGCACUGUCCGGGCAGCACCGUCAUCUUCGUGUAGCACAUGGAGAAACAGCCAUUUUGCCUUGUGAAAAUGUGACAAAUUCUCAGUACCGAUGUGAAAAUACUGACUGGCUCUUCACCGGUCCAGAGAGAACAGCAACAGUAGCGCUGGUUAGAGCAGGGCGGGUUGCUGUUGACACCACAGAUAGAGCCUACAGACUGGGUGUUACAGAGCCUUGUUCACUGGUCAUACACACGGUCACAUUCGAUGAUGCUGGGUCUUACUACUGCAGGCGGCUCAGAUCAGGAUUUAGACGAGUUCGAGAGUCCGUGGUCCAUCUGGAGGUUUUUAUCCCCGACAGAGUACAUCCUGGUCUAGAUAUCACACAUUUGAACGGAGAGGGUGAGGUCACAACGCCAGCAUCCACGAUCACUGAUGCUCCAGCAGAACAACAAGCUCGUACAGAUUGUUCUGUUGUCGACUACAUCAUGUUGGUUCUGCGUGUGGCUGAACUCGUCCUGAUUACUGUGAUUACUGUUCUUCUCAUCAGAGCUCCAGGGAACCAGAGAGCGCCUGAUGACGACACUGUACAUCAGGAUGAAGGCGUGGUGAACUAUAAAAACACCGGAGGAACUUCUGCUUCUGUCGGAAUCAACACCAAGGUCAACUUCUCAAAGAAAUAACUGCUGUUAAACAUUUCUUCACAGCAUUAUUGUACAUAAAAAAAAGACUCAUCUAAUUUUAUUGGAGGCUUUGGAUCAGUUCUCGGUGACUGAACUGAUGUGGAAUUGAUGGCGGUGUUUUGAUGAACUGAUUCUAAAUGGAAGCCAAAUAUUCUUGAUUUGAUCUCAUUCAAAGAAGCUCAUUGUCCAGUGUGAGUGUCUGUUAGGUUUGCAAAAAAGGAUGUGUGAACUUUUGGGAGUGUAAAAUAACAUUUGUGAAACCUUCAUUAUGUUUUCAUUAUUUCUUGGUGAAAACAAAAUUACCAAUUAGAUACCAAAGUAUGAAGAAAUAACAGUUUUUUUGUCAUGAAAUUCAGCCUCUCGUUUUUAUGAUCUGAAAACAUACAUUAGCAUUUUGGUGCAUGUGGUUUGGCCACAGAUAUCACGACAGACACAGCUAUUCAGAAUUAAUACAGGUAUAUGAUGUGUUCAGUCAGUCAACUUGUUUUUUCGCCUGUGCUGUGUGUUUGAUAUGUGGUGGUGAUUUUAUUUUUGAUUCUGUAGCUUGUUUGAGUUGAAAAAAGUAACUUCCACAAAAACAAUUCCUGAACGCUGAAAACAAGGACUCAUAUAUAUUUAGUACAUUCUCUUGUGCAAAUAAGUCAAAACUUUAUUUGAAUAUUGAAAAAAACAAUUCAGACAGCUGAGAUAUGAAUGUACUAUGUUAUUUGCAAAUAAUGUCAGCAAGGUGAUGAGCAGACAGAAAACAGAAUGGGGCAAAGGAUGGACCCCUGGGGUACACCAAAACUGACAGUGAAAAUUCUGAGGUUUUAUAAUUGCAGUUUUCAUGAUUAGCUCUGUUGUUAAAUAUGAAUAAAACCAUGAAAGUCACUUUAUAACAUCAAGCCUCCCAAAGUAAAAAUAAACAAGGUCGUGCAACCGAAACAGGAAGAGGCAUUGCUUUCCCUGGUCACAGUCCUCAGGUAAUGGUGGAACAACUGGAAUAACCCUGGAAACUCUAAACAACCCUGCUGAUGGCGGCGGCAGAGAAGGUAAAACCAGAGUGAACACACGGGCAUUCACUGGAUGUCUAUAAAUUGUGCAGUACUCAAAUUUCAGUUGUACACUUUCAGAUUACAAAUUUCUGAGCUAAAUGUUAAGUUUCUCACAUGAUAUUCAUCAUUAUGGCCACCAUAGCACUGACUGAAGUCAUAUACAUGCAACUGGAAUCUAAAAUAAUGGUAUGAAAAAAAAAAAAGAAAAGAAAAGAAUAAAACGUCAUCCAGAAUUUGGAUUUAUUUAUGUGAGAGUAGAAACAAAAGUUGUAUAAAAUGUUGGAUCUUUGAUCGUAACAGGCACGACAUCUUAUAACACAGUAACAACAUUUAACACAUGAUGUUAUCAGAUAUAAUGACGAUGUGAUACCACUGACUUUAUAGUCAUUAGACAACAGUUUCAAAACUCUUUUAAGUAUCAAAGCUGAUGAGCUCAAGCGUGGUAACAUUAAGGUCAUGCUGGGCAAUUCAGAAAAAUCUGUGCAUGCCAUCCAAGGACAGUUUUUAGAGGUUGUUUUCAGUGACUGCAUGAAGCAAAGAAUGUGUUAAUUGUGUUGCUAAUUAUACAACAAGCCUCUUAAAGUAUAUAAAACCAAGACUUGUAUAGCUGGCUGGACCUCAACACACUUCUCCACAUCAUUACAUUAAUAAAAUA